UGCUUUUACAAAAGCACAUGGGCUCUUCUUCUUCAGUUUACAACUUCACUGUCUGUGUCAGACUCUGAAUCCUUAUCCAUAUUUUUGUAUAUUAUUGGAGUUUUGUACUUAAACAAACACCAGAUCAAUCAGAGCCAGUCUAGUACUACUACUUUUUUAUGUCCAAGAUCUGAGGAACAAUUGAUUUAAGGGGAAAUGGCAUUAGUGUCAGGAGAAAGAUCAUCAUCAUCAUCAUUGAAUCCAAAUGCACCUCUGUUUGUUCCAGCUGCACUGAAACAAGUGGAAGAUUUCUCCCCUGAAUGGUGGGAGUUAGUCAAAACUUCACCCUGGUUUAGAGACUAUUGGCUAAGCCAGAACCAGGAGGAGGAUUUUGAUGGUGGUGCCAAUGCCUAUGAUAAUGAUGAUGAUGCUUUCGACACAGAUGAUAUGGCAAAUGAUGCAUUUGAUCUUGGUUUCGUUGAAGAAGGCUUUACUGACAAUUCAUAUGAAGAUGGAGGAGAAACUCAACUAAAGCCUCCUUCUGAUAACAAAAAGGGUAGUAAGCCUAAUGAUGGUCAAAAGGAUGUCAAAGCAAUCUUGUUAAAAUCAAUGAAAGAAAGUGAGGUUAAGUGGGAAAAAAUGCCAGUAAGCUACCGCGAGAAGCCAGUUCAGAAGACGAGCCCAAAAGUUGCCCAUUUUCGCAUCCAACAACCCCGUUGAAGACUUGGGAAAUGUUUAAAACUGAGAACUUAACAAAUAAUACAAAGCUGCAUUCUCCGAAGAUUGAGUUUUUAUGAGUCAACUUGAGGUGGGAUUUUUGUACAUAGAUGGCAAGGUUGCAACUACUUCAUCUUGUUAUAUUAUCAGUGUGUGUUUUUAUGCUUAUUGUCUAAGUUAAAUGCUUAAAUGUUAGGUCUUUUGUGUAGAAGAGUAUGUAAUCUUGAACUUUGCUCACUUGAAAUAAUUAUUGAAGUUGAACUUUGCCAACAUGAAAUAGAAAAUGAAAGACAUCUUUUUGAUGUAA